GGCAUGUAGCGACAGCUCCUGGGGCGCGCAGCGCCGGGGAUCCCACACGCUGCACGGGGCAGGGAGCAGAGCCCCGGCAACAGGGCUGGCAGCCGGCAUGGGGCACCCCGUCGUUCACCCCCUCUGAAGGCCAGGGAGCAGAGGGCAGCGAGUGCCCCAGGGGCAGCACGGCUGCCGUGGGGGUCCUGGCCCCGAGGAGCUCGGCUCCGACGUGGAGGGGCUGGAAAUCCCCCAGCGGGUGAUGCCCGGCUGCGUCCACACGAGGUGCUGAGGGUCCCAGGGGGGCUGAGGAGCCGCUAUGACCCCUGAGAAGGUGCUGAGAGAGGGGGUGCUGGAGAAACGGAGCGGGGGGCUGCUGCAGCUCUGGAAGAAGAAGCGGUGCCUGCUGACAGAGAAGGGGCUGCAGCUCUUCGAGCCCAAGGGCUCGCGGCGCAAGGAGCUGAGCUUCGCCCGCAUGAAGGCAGUGGAGUGCGUGGAGUGGAAGGAGCGGCACAUCUACUUCACGGUGGUGAUGGACGACAGCCACGAGAUCGAUUUCCGCUGUGCCCAGGAGGACCCGGGCUGGAACGCCGAGAUCACCAUGGGCCUCGUCCGCUUCAAGAACCAGCAGGCGAUCCAGGUUGUUCGCGCCCGGCACAGCUGCCGAGCAGUGGUGCAGUUCGACACAGCCCCGGUGGGACAGCCCGCGGACACGCAGCAUCCAACGAGCAGGAUGGAGAUGGCCCUUGGCUCAGCACGCGGUGGGGAGAACGGGAUCCCGGUGGGCAAAUGAGGCCACUGCUGUCUGCGGCCCGGGGACAGGGACAGUGGCCCCGGGGGAGGCCAGUGCAGGCGCUGGCCCCCCCAUCCUGCGGCAGGACUGAGGCACCGCAGAGGCUGGGCUGGCACAGCUACGGGGCUCAAGCCACAUCCCCUUGGCAUGAUGGGGCAAAGGACACAGACAGAGCCACCACCUGUGGCUCCGGACGUGGCAGGAGGUGACAUCCCUUCCUGGGGUCCCACCAUCCUUCAGCUGACACCGCCAGGACCUUGGUGGGCUGGUGGGGACCCCAGACCUCUCCUGUAGGACAGGAGAAGGGAGGGGUGAGGUUGAGCCUGAAGGAAGCAGUGCGACGGUGAGCUCUGCCCACAUGCCGGUGACACUGGGACAGAUGGAUAUAGGCGGGGACAUGGCUCCCCUGAGCCCCCCAUGUUGAGAAGGGGCUGGAGAGCUGCUGCUGCAGCAGGGACCCCUCUGGGCACCGUACCUGGAUGGCGCAGUGAUGUGGCCGUGUUGCUGGACACUGUCCUGCUCUGGGCUGUUCUUGGGCUAAUGGGAGACGCUGGGGAAGGCAGUGGGGACCCCGACUCCAUGUACCAAGUGUCUCCAAACAGGACCUUCUGCUGCUUA